AUGAGUUAUUAAAUCUUAUGUUCUGUGCCCUGUGCCGGAAGCAUGGAGUGAAGUCAGGGACAAGUCAAGUGAGUUUUUUUUAUGGCACUGACAACUUCAGGGCUGAAUUUCUCAAUGCACAUCAUCUCAGCGAGGCUCAUGCCAAGUCUUCAUUAAUGGAAGCCACAAGCGAUUCUCCAGUGAACAGAGCCACCACUGAACUAAUGGUGAAGACCAUGAGCAAAGUAACCCUUGGGAGAGUAGAGAACUUAUUCAGAUCAUGCCAUGCUAUUGCCAAGACCGGACGUCCCCUCAAAGAUUUUAUUUGGAUGUGCAAGUUGGAUGACAUGAAGGGUGUUGAUAUAGGCCCAGUGUUCAGAACUAAUAAAUCAGCAAAAACAUUUACAUAUUUUAUUGCUGAAGUAGAACGGAAAAAUCUAAGAGAGAAGCUAGAAAAAAGUAAAUUUUUCUCAGUCAUCAGUGAUGGAAUCAUAAAUAGUUUAAUCCAGGAAGCUGAACUUGUCUAUGUGCAGUUUGCACAUGCAGGGAAAGUGCAUUGUCAAAUUGUUGGGGUACAGAUAAUAGACAAGAAGGACCCUGUGGGAAUAAAAAAUGCCAUAGAGAAAACUCUUGAGGUAAACCUUCAACUUAAGCUGUCAAGCCAAGACUGGGCAAAGAAACUGGUUGGUUUUGGAAGUGAUAAUACCCUUGGCAUAGAAGGAGAGAACAACGGGGUGGCCCUGCUUUUAAAGGAAAUCCAACCAUGUGUGCAGAUUGUAUAUUGCUUUGCACAUCACCUUGAACUCUCUUACAAGACAGCAUUCCAGAGCAUUCCCCUGUACAACAAUGUCAUAGACCUCCUUCACGGAAUUUAUCACUUCUAUCACAAUUCUCCUCUUCAUAAGAGUUCUCUGAUAACUGCUUUCAAAGGCCUUCACCUUCGUCCUGUGAUGCCUUCUCAAAUAGGAGCCAGGAGGUGGCUUCAUGGAUUACAGGCAGCUCUCCAGAACUUUCUCAAGGGUUAUCCUGCAAUUGUCCAGCAACUGACCUCAGCAGAGGAAGACAGAAGUGACAUCAGUCAACAGAAAGCCAAAGAACUUCUAGAAUUACUUCUCCAAGCUGACAUUGUUAAAUUUGCCCAUUUCUUGGUGGAUGUCAUUAAUGUCCUUAGCAUUCUGUCUCGUGUCAGUCAGAACAGAAAUUCCUCGAUUGCUGAUAUAUUCGCCACCUUAGAGUCAACGCUGGAAAUACUCCAAAUGUAUCAAACAAGACCGGGGCCAAAAGAACGCAGGGUGGAUUCAGUCACACACUUUCACGGAAACCACCUCAGAGGAAAAGAAAACAUUUCUGCCGUGAGAAACAUGGUUUUAACACAUCUUAUCAAGAGGCUGCAAGGCUGUUUCAGAGAUGUCAGCCAAGAUGUGGUGAGGGCAACCAUGAUUGGAAGCUUUAAAUUGUGGCCCACAAAGAUAAAUCAAGAAUUUGGAGAAAAAGAGGUAUCCAUACUGCUUGCACAUUAUGAACCAGUGUUAGAAGCUGCCAAUGUGGAAAUAGAUGAAGUGGACACUGAAUGGAGCAUGUUGAAAUUAGAAAUUUACGCCAGGUUCCAGAACAUUCGGAAGUUGACCUGGGAUUUUGUGAAUUCCAUAUACUUGCACAAGUAUCCAAAUAUCCUGACACUGGUGGACCUGGUGCUGACCCUCCCUGCAAGUUCAGCUGAAGCAGAACGUGGCUUUAGUCAGAUGAGACGUACCAAGUCACAGUCACAUGCUAAAAUAAACACUGAAAGCAUGACGGAUAUCUUGAUCAUUCAACUGAAUUCUCCAGACAUUAGUAAUUUUGACCCCAGGAAAGCUAUUCAUUUAUGGAAUACAAGAACACCAUCUUCAACUGGUGACACAAGACCUAAUUCAGAUUGCUCAUCCAACUCAGAAAGCCACUAUGAAAGUGAUUAGUAAUGUGGCCAAUGUUGACUUUGUUGUCGAUUAUAGCAAUUUUCUAAAACCUGAAAUUUAAACAUAAAAUAGUAACCAGUCUCUACUUCAAACACAAAAGGCAUUUGGCAUCUUACAAACAUACAAGGCAAAAAUCCAAAGUCUGUUUUUUCUGUAAUUUUCUCUUUAAAAAUUUUUUUUGUUUUUAUUUUAUUUUUUUUACAUUCAGUUACUGUGUACUAUUACAGCAUACCAAAUGAAUUUUCUGAUCAUGAAUACACUGUUGGUUCAGUUUGAGCUACCUCACGUCUGUAUUCAGGCAUUUGUCUGCGUUCUUGGGGUUGAGGUGUAUCCUUUUAAACAACAACAUUAUGUUGAUAUCGUCUUUCUCAAAAUUGUUCCUAAUGGUAAUGAUGUUAUGCCUAGGCCAAGCCUGCAAUGAACUGCUUUUCUACAUAAUUCUAAAUAAU